AAUAAUGGCUUAUCUCUUACCAUGUCUUGUGUCGUUGGCAUUGUGUUUAGCCGGCUUUUCCCUAUACCGCUAUGGUAAUAUUCCACGGCAACAUAUUAUUGUGACUCUGUCGGUGUUGGCAGCAUGGUGUUUCUCAUUUCUCAUAGUAUUCACCAUACCAUUGGAUGUCACCUCGACUCUUUAUCGUCAAUGCAUACAGGAGCAUAAUAUCAACACUUCGGCCUUGGCAGCACCAACGACGAUUAGCACAAGUGCCGUCACAAUUAACCAUCAUCAUCCACUUAAACACAAUGAGUCAUCAAUGGUGUGGCACGCAAAACUUGCCGAAUGCCAAAAGCCAUGGGGCAUGAUACCCGAGAAGUUUUUUCCUAAUUUAUGGAGAAUCAUUUAUUGGACUUCGCAAUUUCUUACCUGGUUGAUUAUGCCCCUAAUGCAAUCGUACUUGAAGGCGGGAGAUUUCACCAUUAAAGGGAAGCUAAAAUCGGCUCUAAUUGAAAAUGCCAUCUAUUAUGGUUCAUACCUUUUCAUAUGCGGCAUACUUUUAAUUUACAUUGCCGCCAAAGGAGUGUCCUUGGAUUGGCAAAAAUUAAAAGCCAUAGCAUCAUCAGCCUCAAAUACUUGGGGUUUAUUUUUGCUUGUAUUAUUGCUAGGUUAUGCCCUAGUCGAGGUGCCGCGUUCUUUGUGGAACAAUGCCAAACCAGGAUUUACUCUGCAAUAUGCCUAUUUCAAAGCAGCCAAGUUGAGUGCCGAAAAAGCAGAAGCCGAAGAAAAUGUAGAUGAUGUUUUGGAAUCCUUACAAGGUAUGAGUCGCUCAGUUCCUAAUAAUCAUGAUCUAAGACCCUGUGUUGAGACCAUUCUACGCAAAGUUCCAACAGAACUACAGGAGAGAGCUGCCCGCAAUUACUCACGUGGUGGCAAUGGGGGCGGUACCUCAACCAUAGUACCUUCUGAAAAGGCACUGGUACGUAUACACAGACAGGUCAUUAAGUCAUUGCAGACGUUGCAACGCACCGAGGCCUUGUGGAGUGUACAAGUCGAUACGGUGUUACAUCUCGAAGAUGUGGCAAGAAAUAUGCAUUCGGCGGAAAAGCGUUUCAAAACGGAAUUUCCUAAAGCCCGCUCCCAACUAAGCAGGCUUAUGUACUCACCUACCCUACAUUGGUAUUGGGCCUGUUUGCUGCGAGCUCCCAUUCUUAAGUCCUUGUGCGUGGUCACAGCCAUUAUGUCUGGCAUGGUGGUGUGGAGUGAGUUAACCUUUUUCCAGCGCCGGCCAGUACUUUCGAUUUUUGCCAAUGUCAUUAAUGUGGCCAAACAUGGCUACGAUUUCUUUACCAUUGAAGUAUUUUCAAUGGUAGUGCUGUGUUACCUCUUCUAUUGUACUUAUUCCACCAUAUUGAGGAUACGUUUCUUGAAUCUCUACUAUUUAGCUCCGCACCAUCAGACAAACGAGCACAGUUUAAUUUUCAGUGGUAUGCUGCUUUGUCGCCUAACCCCACCCAUGUGUUUGAAUUUCUUGGGCCUGAUUCACAUGGACUCGCACAUCAUAAAGGAACGCGUAAUGGAGACUUAUUACACACAAAUAAUGGGUCACAUGGAUGUCAUAGGUAUCAUUUCGAAUGGCUUCAAUAUAUACUUUCCCAUGUGCAUGUUGGCCUUUUGCCUGGCCACAUGGUUUAGUUUGGGCUCCCGUGCCCUAAGCGCCAUGGGAUUUCAACAAUUUUUGCAAAACGAAAUUAUUGCCACUGAAUUGGUACAAGAGGGCAAAGAUCUAAUUGCUCGCGAAAAGAGAAGGCGUCAAAGGGCCGAAGAGGCUAUGAAUCGCAGAAGGGAGUUCUCACGCAACAAUGAGGCCAUAACAGCAAACAUCUAUGUCAACAAAUAUGGCAAUUUAAACAAUAGCAAUAGUGGCAAUGCCGUCACGAGUACAUCGGCGGCCAAUCGAAUAAGCUCAAAUGUGCCCUCGGAUGAUCUAAUACGAAAUGGCGACAAUCUACGCUAUGACACCUUGCCUCGUUCGCUGUCGGAUGAGAUAAAUGAACGCUUUGGGGUAAGCACGGCGGCACAGGUGGCUUUUAAGGGACCGCCUUCGACCAGUCAUUACCGCUUGGAAUUUGGAGAUUAUGAAGAAGAUGAUUUUACAGCAACCUCAGCAUCCAAUCGUAUAGAGCCGCCUCGAGGACUUUUCGAUGAUGUGUAAAUCGUAUGACAGACAGAAAUUCUCUGGCGUCCAUUUAGGCGCUUUCCAUGCUCUCUAUCUCCACAAACAUAUAUUGUAGUCACAAUUGAAACCAAUAAUAUAUAGCAAACUCUCUAGUUAAUAUUAUUGUAAACAAACAAAAAAUCGCCCUCGGUAGCCUCACCACACUUAUCAUUGGCCUUAUUAUUAUUACUAUUUUUUUUUAAUUUUUUUACGUUAUUUUCAUAUAGAUUUUUGUUUUUGUGGUUGCCGCUCUCUCGCCAUUAUCAUUAUUUUAAUGUAAGUAGAAGCUCUUAAAAGGCAUCCUUUGAAAGCGUUUAAAUUUGCAUUACACCUACAUAUAGAGUAUACAUACAUACAUAUAUUUAGAGCUUAAGUAUUGAUCUAUUGAUGCAUUGUGGUAUGUGCAGUAUAAUUUAUUUAAUUUUCUUUUUAGUUUUACAUAUAAAACAUAGAUAUACGUCAUUGUACCCAUGAUACAAACACCCAUGUGGAAAGAAUUUUAUUUAACAUCUCAUCUGAUAGACUUUGGUUUGAAUUUCAUGCAUUAGUAGAUAAUUUUCAUUAUAUAAUAUCAAUAAAACAAGAAGAGGAAGAAAACUUUACUUUAAACGGACAGUGAUGAACAGUAUAAAGUUAUAUAUAUAUAUAUAUAUGUAUUUACAAAACCAAUAUGUUUUUUGUUUGUUUUGUAAGCAGUUUAUGUAUUGAUAACAUUUAAAUAAAUGACUCAUAUAACUUA